AUCUUUAAAAAUUUGUGUUUGUGAAAAAGUAUGUGUGACGUCACAAAGCAAACGCGAUUCGAAGCACGUGACGUACAGGAGCUACCAUCGAAAUAAAAAAUAUUUUCUACGAUUUCUAUUAUACCUUAUGUUUACCCUAUGGGUGAUUCUAUUGGUGCAAUGUCACGUGGGUAGGAGUCACGUGAUUACGAGGAUCCAAUCAGCUUUCGCGCGAAUUGGAAAUUCGGGAAAUUCCCCAUACAAAGAACAACCAACGAUUGAACAAGAAGACGAUUUCUUACGUAACAAUCAGGUGGUUAGUGACGUCACGAUCAAGAUGCCGACGAAACAUCAUGACGUAAGAAUCAAGCCACCCACGCGACAUAAUGACGUCAGAAUUAAGACAACAACAACGAAGUAUAAUGACGUCAGAAUCAAGCCACAAAAGGGGCAUAAUGACGUAACAAUACUACCUUCAAACUACAAACAGCCGCCACCCCCCAACCCCCACUUCAUAUUCCACAACAAACUACCCAAGAGUGGAAGUUCAACAAUGAAUAAUAUUAUCAAGAUUUUAGCAAAGAAGAAUAAAUUCAAUUAUCUGAAAGCGGAAUCCGGGGUGGUUCCCCUAAACGACGAGCUACCAUUGGUCAAAUAUUUGGAGCGUAAAAUGACGUCACCAUACUUCCUACUUAAGCACCAUUAUUGGUUCAAUUUCACAAAAUACGGCAAGGAACAACCCACUUUCAUCAACGUCAUAAGGGAUCCGGUUGAAUGGUUCGUAUCAAGGUUCUAUUUCUCACGGUUUGGUUGGAAGCGGAAACCGGGGUGUCGUGAUGCGGCGUGUAGUAUGGACGAGCAUGAGUUUAAUAUGGAUGUUGACGAUUGUGUUCGAACAAAGCACCCCCACUGUGUGACGUCACCAUGGUUAUACAUACCGUACUUCUGUGGCGCAACAAAGGAAUGCAUAGAAAUGGCAAAUGUGACGGACAAAGAGCGAAGUCUUGAAACAGCGAAACGACAUCUGGUUGAAGAUUAUCUUAUGGUUGGAAUAUUGGAACAAUUUGAAGAUUCGUUGAAUAUGUUGGAGCUGGUGUUGCCACGUUACUUCAAGGGGGCUGUUCAAGUGUGGAAAAGCAAGGACGUCCAAUACAUACAGGAAGUGACGAAAACUUUGUCCCGGAAGUCGGUUUCACCGGAAACCCGUGACUACCUUGAACAGGGACCCCUCAAACAGGAAGUGACGUUGUACAAGUUCGCGCGUAAAUUAUUUAACGAGAAAUUAUCGAAACUGGGGAUUGAACCCGUGACGUCAGAGUGACGUCAUUAAUACUAUGUCAUCAUUAGUUAAUAUUACGUCAUAUUGGCUUACACUGUGAGUUAUUUAUUUCAAGCUGUUGACAUAGAUAUAAUAUAACAAAUAAACGAUUAUGACGUCAUUAUA